ACCCAACUAUUCCGCCAGACCGGCGACCGAGCCCAUCCUCCCCCACCCAGGCACCCAGCCCACCGGCCACGCUGUCCCGAUGGCGACGGACCCCACGCCACCCACCGCGACGGCGGCGGCGUCGGCGCCGCGCUACUCGCUGCCGCCGGUCCGCCUCCCCGCGGAGGACAUCCUCUUCUGCGUCGACGUCGACCUCGAGGCGAGCGCCGAGAUGAAGUCCGCCGCCGCCUCCGCGCCGUCCCCCGGCUCCACCUCCACCGCGUCGCCGCAGCCGCAGCCGCCCGCGGGUGCCGGGGGCGCCCGGCCCGCGGUGAGGCGGAUGGACGCGGUCAGGCAGGCGCUGCUGCUCUUCGUCCACAGCAAGCUCACCAUGUGCCCCGACCACCGCUUCGCCUUCGCCUCCCUCGGCGAGACCGUCUCCAUGGUUAAGAAGGACUUCAGCAGUGAUGUUGGUUCUGCAAUGGAGGCAAUCCAUUCCUUGUCUGCUUCAGAAUCAAGAUAUGCAACAGCUGAUCUCACACAGCUCUUCAAGAUAGCUUGCCAGGAAGGGAAAAUGGCAGAAUCGCAAGGCCGGCUUCUCAGGGUGGUACUCAUCUACUGCCGUUCCUCUACUAAGCCUCACCAUCAGUGGCCUGUAAAACCAAAGAAUUUCACCCUGGACAUAAUCUAUCUCCAUGACAAGCCAACUGCUGAUAACUGUCCACAGAAAGUAUAUGAUGCCUUGGUUGAUGCUCUUGAGCAUGUCAGCCAGUAUGAGGGGUACAUUCUCGAGACUGGUCAAGGGCUUGCUCGCGUUCUCUUUCGUCAGAUGUGCAUUCUUCUGUCCCAUCCUUUGCAACGUUGCAUCCAAGAUGACCUUGAUAUUCCCAAACAAGUUGCAAAGAAAACUCCAGCAAUUGAAGCUGUGCAGAAUGAAGAUGGAGCGCCAGUCUCCAGCCAGCAGUAAGGUCUUCUAGUUGAAUGGUAUGCAAACAUGAAGUACCUGCAAGUUCUUUAGCAUUACCAUUGUACUAGAUCCGAAUGCCUGUUCUGUGUGAUAGAGAUGCCAUAUCAGAAUUUUGUGUACUAUGCUGUAACUGUAAAUGGCCAAGGAGAUUUCCUUUUGUCGAUGUGCUUUGCUAGGCUGGGCAUGCGGAAUGUAACUUCGCAUGAUACAAAUAGCUCAAAUCUUUGGCAGUUAAAUUUCCUCUGUUUGCAAAGUUCACUAAUUUUUCGUCUUAUGCAAGGGGAACCUUUUCUGUCAUGUAAGCAUCGGCCCGUAGUUAUCACUUAUCAUACACACAUCAUGAACUGCAGCUACAAUUUACCU